CUAGUGUCUUCACUCAUGUUUAUCGGUCCAUAACGUGGGACUAUCUAAACCGUAAACGCGUGGAAAAGGCCGGAAGGUAGCAAACAUGCUGCAAAUCUGUGCUUAUUUAUCCCUGGCUCUUGUUUUUCUCUUUGGGACCAGUUAUGUUUCAUCGGAAACUAUUCAAGGGUCUGUUCUGUUAAACAGCGCUGUCUUUAGCAAGAUUGUGGAUAAAUACAAGGCAGUGUUGAUAAAGUUUGAUGAGACAUACCCUUAUGGAGACAAACAGGACACCUUCAAAGCAGUGGUUGAGGCCACACUCUCCCAGUCUGAUUUACUCUGUGCUGAAGUUCAGGUUGCAGAUUAUGGGGAGAAGGAAAAUGCAGACAUCGCAGAGAAAUAUGGAGUGAAGAAGGAUGAUUUUCCAGUCUACAAACUAUUUGUUGAAGGCAAAGAUGAGCCAGUGACCUACACAGGAGAUGUCAAAAUUGCUGAUGAUAUCAAAAAAUUCUUAAUAAGAGAAUCAGGCUUAUGGCUUGGACUUCCAAGUUGUCUAGAAGAUUUUGACAAACUGGUUGCAGAAUUCCAAAAAACUCCAGAUGAUAAAAAACCAGAUUUACUGAAAAAGGCAGAGGAGUUAGCCAGUAAAUAUGCAUCAGAAAAAGAGAAGAAAUCAGCAGAAAUAUAUAUAAAGACUUUGAAAAAGCUAGUUGAAACCCCUAGUUUUGUGGACACAGAGAUUAAAAGAGUAGAAAAAUUAAAAGAUGGCAAAGUUAGUGAUAAAAAGAAGGAGCAGUUGAAUGAAAGACUAAAUAUUUUAACAUCGUUUCAAAUGAGACUAAGAGAUGAAUUGUAAAAGAUACACAAAUCUGUUUUAAUGAUCAUUCAAUGAAGAAUCAAUCACUCCAGAUCAUACUUUAAACAAUCAUAAAAGAGAAGUCAUUAAAUCUAGAUUUACUUCCCCUUGUCAGCCAUAUUCCUAAGAACUUUCUUCUUUUUCUACUUUUGUAUGAGUUAAUCUUAAGUGUGUACUGGUUAUAAAUCUAGUUUUGGUCAUCUGCAUGGUGCUAUGUCUGCAAUAGAAAAAUGUGUGGUCUAAAAUUACAUGUCCAGUUGCAUAUGUUAUCAGAAUACUAGUAUGAUUUUUUUUUUUUAGAAAAUAAAGAAAAUCAUAAAUAUA